AUGGUUUGUUUCAAUGCUUAUGGUGGAAUGAAAACUUUGUUUCCUACUUUGAUUAAGUGGGUUGGCUUAGCAGGAGAAAAGUUACACCGUCAAUUGUGUGAUGAGAUUAGGACCAUUGUUAGAGCUGAAGGUGGGGUUACUUUAUCAGCGUUGGAUAAGAUGACAUUGACUAAGUCAAUGGUUUAUGAAGCAUUGAGGAUUGAGCCUCUAGUUCCAUUCCAAUACAGUAAGGCAAAGGAAAAUUUGGUAGUCAAUAGCCAUGAUGCUGCUUUUGAGAUCAAGAAAGGGGAGAUGAUCUUUGGAUAUCAACCAUUUGCUACUAAAGAUCCAAAGGUUUUUGAGGAUCCUGAGGAGAUUGUGGGCCAUAGGUUUGUGGGGGAAGGAGAGAAGCUUUUAAAGUAUGUUUAUUGGACAAAUGGGAGGGAGAUUUAUGAUCCUACAGUGGAGAAUAAACAGUGUCCAGGAAAAGAUUUGGUGUUGUUGUUGUCUAGGGUAAUGUUGGUGGAGCUUUUCCUUUGUUAUGAUACGUUUACAAUCGAGGCUGGAACACUGUCGUUGGGGUCAUCAGCUACAUUUACUUCGUUGACCAAGGUCACGGGUAUUUAA